UCAGUCGCUAAUCAACCGCGGUCAGGUACAGUGGGGUACUCGCGGUGAUUGUAACAUCGCAGUUGCGACUUUUUUGCGCGUUUAAGUCUCGACGUACGAGGCAAUUUACAAUGACGACAAUGUAAAGAAGUUAUACUUUUCGUUAAGUGUAACAAAAGUGUUAAUAGGAGUGAUCGAAGUAGACAUCAACGCGAGUAACAUGUCCAGUGCACCGCAAAUGUCUAGUGGGCUUAGUAAGCUCAAAAAGAAACAUUUUCGAGUCAAACAUCAAAAAGUUAAGCUGUUUCGUGCAAAUGAACCUCUUCUCAGUGUUUUUAUGUGGGGUGUCAAUCACACGAUAAAUGAGCUUAGUCAUGUUAAUAUACCAGUAAUGCUCCUGCCAGAUGAUUUCAGAGCUUACAGCAAGUUAAAAGUGGAUAAUCAUCUUUUUAACAAAGAAAAUAUGCCAUCUCACUUUAAGAUCAAAGAAUAUUGUCCAUUAGUAUUCAGAAAUUUACGAGAAAGAUUUGGUAUAGAUGACUUGGACUAUAAGGAAUCAAUGACAAGAUGUCGGGCAUUUAAUCCUUCGCGAACAGAGAGGCAUUGGAAUUUGGCUGGGAGUGGAAAGACUCGUGAAUUGGUUCACCGUUCUGCUACUGCUCCUUCGAUAACCCUCUCUCCUUCUAUUAUUUCUCAGAUCCCAGUCCUAAAUAAGCCACUACGUUCCUACAGUUUUAAACCAAAACGUCUGAGAUCGCAACCGAUAUUGGAUGACUCUUCUGGAAAAAGUGGUGCAAAAUUUUACCAAUCUUACGAUAAAUUGUUCAUUAUUAAAACUCUUACGAGCGAAGAGGUAGAAAGAAUGCAUUCAUUUUUGAAGCACUAUCAUCCGUAUAUUGUAGAAAGACAUGGAAAAACUUUGUUACCUCAAUAUCUUGGCAUGUAUCGCUUGACGGUAGACGGAGUCGAACAUUAUGUCGUUGCUAUAAGAAAUGUAUUUUCAAAUCAUUUAACGACUCAUAAGAAAUUUGAUUUAAAAGGCUCAACAGUUGAUCGUGAAGCAUCUGACAAAGAAAAAGAAAAAGAUCUGCCUACUUAUAAAGAUAAUGACUUUGUUAAGGAGGGAAUGAAAAUUUAUAUCGGCGAAGAAGCGAAAGCUAAACUUAUAGAAACGUUAACUGCUGAUGUUGAUUUCUUAACGCGGUUGCACUUAAUGGAUUAUUCCUUAUUACUUGGAUUACAUGAUUGUGCACGAGCUGAACAAGAGAACAGAGAACGUGCUGAAAGAGAAGAAGAGGAGGAUAAUCACGAAGAGGAAGAUGAUAGUGAAUCGGGUAGCGGACUUGAUUCACGAGGUCCAAUAGGAGACCGUUUAUGGGGUUGGAGUGGUGUUGCUGGUAUGGCAACACCUCCUGAAUCACCACAUGCCGCGUUGAUGCGCGACACAAGUUUACAAUAUGAAGAUGCAAUAAUUCCUGAAUUAGAUAUUUAUGCAAUUCCCAGUAAAGAAGGUGCACCUACAAAAGAAAUUUAUUUUUUAGCCAUAAUCGAUGUGCUGACUCAUUAUGGUGUUCGUAAACAAGCAGCAAAGGCAGCUAAAACAGUGAAAUAUGGUGCUAAUGUUGAUGGUAUAUCAACCUGUGAUCCAGAACAAUAUGGCAAGCGAUUUAUAGAAUUCAUGAGCAAAGCUAUAGAAUAAACCCGUUGUUUGUUGUUGUUAGGCUUGUACAUUUGGACCGCUCGUUCGAAAGUCGUGAUAUAAUACUGUCGCUUUUAUUAUAUUUACGUUUAGUGCAUUGAAUAUGUGUUCUUUGCACUUUGAUGUUUGACUACAAAGAGUUUUACUUGGUACGUUAGUACUGUUCUAUUACGUGUCUCAGUAUUUCUUAUGACAUUUAUAUUGGAGUUAGACGCGUUGCGAGUGGUUGAAUUUUGCGAAUUACCACUUCAAAGGAACCGAUGAAAAAUUUCUUUUCAAAGGAAUGUUUAUUAAUAUUUACGACCAGUGACAUAUUUUCUCAGUAUUCAUUAACAAUUUUUAUAUAAACAUAAUUGUUAAAUAUUGUGGUUCUCUUGUGUUCUCUAUGUUUCAGUAACUUGAUUUGUACUUUCAAAACACGAAACUUUUAUUUACGUGCAUUAUGUGUACAGGCAGAAAUACAUGAAAGUUUCAUAAGAUAUCAGAAGAAUUUGUUUCAUAAAGAGAUUCUCGAUAUUCUACUCAUGGGUAUGCUUCGUAUUCAUAUUUGCCGAUAUGUUUAUUGUUUCGCUGUAUUCAACUUGGCAUAUGAGUGACGUUGAAGAAACUACAUUGUCGUACUAUUAUGUCGUACAUUGUUGUUGGUACACAUAAUGUGCUUUGAAAACUACGUUGAUUACCGUCAUUUGACAGUAAAUAAUAUAUAGUACGCUAGUUUACUGGGAAAUAUUAAAAUUAAUGUUGAUGUUACAUAUGAUAAUCUCAAGCGAGACACAGUCCGAGUGUUUCGUUAACGAAGCCUACAUCUAUCGUAAAAACUCUCUCUGAUUUCAUUAAAGCAUAUUAUGAUGCUUCUACUGUCUGUGGUAUUAUCUGAAAUGUUUAAAUAUUCGAAUAUUAGAAUGUAACUGCUAUUACAAUGAAAAUUCUCAUUUUGAUAGGUCUAAACAGAGGAGAGAAAUUAUAUUAUACGUGCAAGAAAGAGGUACUAUAUAAUAAGAGCUUCAAACUUUAAAAAUUACGAGUGAAUGUUAAAGUCUGUAUAUGUCAGCUCUUCGGUUAUUUCAGUUACCGCGAGUCGGUGUUCAGAUCAUCGAUUCGCUUAGUUCGUGAAGUAUAUUUGCAGGGAACAAAGCGAGUCGUAUGUAUUAUGCACGAUUCAUGUCUCCUUUAAUUCAUAAAGUGCUCAAAGUUAACGAAUGGAUUUUCAUUAUAGAAUUUAAGAAAAAGAACAAAAAAUGACUUAUAUUCUUCUUCGACACAUUGAGGAUGGUAUGCCAGUUUGUUCUACUCUUAGAGAGGUACGAUUAAAAGUAUUGGUCAUAUUGAUUUUUCAGCGCAAAAAUAAAGGGACGUCUGUACUGCGUUGACAAUACGUAAAUUUUUGUAACAAUAUAUAAAAUCUUUAAUCGUACACGAUUCUCAAUGUGUUAGAAUUUUGGCGCAAUCAGUUGCACAAGAAGUCGCUUCACAAUUUCGAUGCAGGACAAUUUAAUUAACAUAGCUUGACUUUUUUAUUUCACAAACUUGUAUUGCAACAAACUAGCUUCUAACGAACAAUAUUCUAAGAUCAUACACCCUUUUUACUAUGGGUAGAAAAAGAGGGAGAAUGCAUCGUUGCAUAACACUCUAUCUUUAAAUAAUCUAAUAAUCGAUUUUUUAUAAUUUGUUAAAACUGAUUAUAAUAUAACGACUAAUUACUUUACUAA